AUGGAAUUUUCAACUGUGAAGAGAGUUCAUCAUUAUGCUAGAGAUUUUCCUCCUGGGUGUGGCUCAAAUUCCCCCAAAACCAAUCAAAAACCCUCUGAAAAACCUGCUGAGAGUGAGAAAAUUCCUGGAUUUUGCAGUAAUUCCACUGCUUGGAGACGCUCUGUGCCUGCUGUGAGAAGUAAACCACCAAUUGAUGAUGGGGUUGCUGUGAAAAUCCCUCAGAAUGUGAAGGGAAAAGCGUUGCCGGGUUUGGGUUUCGACGCAUUUACUGAGAGAAGUGCAGGAGAUAGGAAGAAGGAGAAGGUGGAUGAGAUGAAGAAAUCCCAGAACAUUUCUAGGGAAAGGGGGAAAGUGUUGGAAAUGGUGGAAUUGUUUAGGAAGAGGUGUAAGGAAAUUUCAAUGAGUGGAAGAGGAAUUAGAAGGAUUAAUACAGUAGCUUGUGCUGAAUUGAGGAAGGAAGGGAAGAUUUCAAACCAAUCUACAUUGAUGAUUGGAGCUGUACCUGGUGUAGAAGUUGGUGAUAAAUUUCAUUACAGGGUGGAAUUGGCCUUUGUAGGGCUGCAUAAGCAUUACGAGCGCGAUAUCGAUACAAUGGAGUGGGGUGGAGGGAGAUUGGCUACUUGUAUUGUAGCUAGUGAGAGACAUUUGGACAAAAUGAAUGAUCCCAAUGCUCUGGUUUACAUUGGGGAAGGAGGGGUUUUGAGGCGGAACAAGACCGGGAAACCUCCUGAUCAGGAGCUUAAGGGAGGAAAUAAAGCUUUGUGGAAUAACAAGGAAGAGAAUAAGCCGGUUAGGGUGGUCAGGGGGCUUACAUUGGAUAGAAGGUAUGGUCAAAAGAUCUUGUAUGUGUAUGAUGGACUGUAUGAGGUGCAGACAUGUAUUAAGAAGAAAGGGCCAAGCGGGAACAUGAUUUACGAGUUUCAAUUGACUCGGUGUGCUGGACAGCCUGCUGUUCCGUGGCAAUCGUGUAGGCGGUACCAGUUUUGA